CUGCCGUCGAGUGAGGGAGGCAGUUCCUACCUGCUCCCGGCUGAGGCUGCCCCGGCGCUCUCUCCGCCGAUUCAUGAUUUUCUUCCGUUUCUUGGCAAAAAUGGCAACCAAUGAUGCUGUUCUGAAGAGACUGGAACAGAAAGGUGCAGAGGCAGAUCAAAUUAUUGAAUAUCUGAAACAGCAAGUUGCUCUUCUUAAGGAAAAAGCAAUUUUGCAGACAACUUUGAGAGAAGAGAAGAAACUUCGAGUGGAAAAUGCUAAACUGAAGAAAGAAAUUGAAGAAUUGAAGCAAGAGCUAAUUCAGGCAGAAAUUAAAAAUGGAGUGAAACAAAUACCAUUUCCGUCUGGUACUCCACUGCAAGCUAAUUCCGCGGAUUCUGAAAGUGUAAUACAGUUUAUACCAGUCACACCCAUAUCUUCUGGUGCCAAAGAACAGGUAAAAGGAGAAGGAGGAGAAGAAAAGAAGGUGAAAGAGAAACUUGAAAAGAAAGGAGAGAAAAAGGAAAAAAAACAACCAGUAGCAGGAAGUGCUGACUCUAAGCCAAUAGAUGUUUCCCGUCUGGAUCUUCGAAUUGGUUGUAUCAUCACUGCUAAAAAACAUCCUGAUGCAGAUUCUCUGUAUGUAGAAGAAGUAGAUGUUGGAGAAGCAGUCCCAAGAACAGUUGUCAGUGGCCUUGUGAAUCAUGUUCCUCUUGAUCAGAUGCAAAAUCGGAUGGUGAUUUUACUUUGUAACCUAAAACCUGCAAAGAUGAGGGGAGUACUAUCUCAAGCAAUGGUGAUGUGUGCUAGUUCACCAGAGAAAGUUGAAAUCUUGGCGCCUCCCACUGGGUCUGUUCCUGGAGACAGAAUUACUUUUGAUGCUUUUCCUGGAGAACCUGACAAGGAGUUGAAUCCCAAGAAGAAGAUUUGGGAGCAGAUCCAGCCAGAUCUUUACACCAAUGAUGAGUGUGUGGCUACAUACAAAGGAGCUCCCUUUGAGGUGAAAGGGAAGGGAGUGUGUAGGGCUCAAACUAUGGCCAAGAGUGCAAUAAAAUAAAAUUAAAAUGUUUCAGUUACUGAAAUGCAUUGGAAAAAACUUUAAUAACAAUAAAAAGAAAUACAUAUGUCGCUUAUGCCUAAAGUAUAACUGGCUCAUUUUUGUGUUAUUUCUCUUCUAGUAGACAGGUCUAGUCUUUUACCUGGUAUAUAUUGUUUUUAAUUAAUUUGAGAAACACUGUAUUUUUACCUAUGACUUUUGACCCUUUAUAAUGUAGGGAGGAAAUGCUCUAUGUUUUGUGGUGAUUUAUUUUUUAGCAGGGAUGUUGGUUAGCAGAUUAUUUUUUCUUUAUGCAUUUUUAGAUAGCUUGAACUAGAUUAACAUUUAGUUUCUUAUUUAUAGGCACAUGAUACGUGAACUUUCAAGCCUUUGGAUUUUUAGUAUAUUGUGUAUCUGUGUUAUAAAUGUCCUCUCCUUCAAAAAUGACAAGUUAGAAUUUGUGUAAGGUUUUCAACUAGUCAUAUUGUAAUAUUGAAAAUGAACAACUGUCGAUAGUAGAGAUCCAAACAGCAUAAAAGGUAGGAAACAUAUGAAAUUUUCAACUGUCGAACUUUUCUUUCCAUUGAGCAAAGUAAUUAGUAAUAAAUUUUGACUGUGAAGCAUAAACAUGUUGCAAAGUGGUGCCAAUGUAGUUUCCAAUAAUUGACUGUAAAAGCAGCAGUCCAUUUUUAACUCUAGCUGACUCUAAAGAUUCCUUGGGUACCUAACAAAACAUUAUUUAUAGCUUAUUAUCUUCAGAAGAGCAUUUAAGAUUGAUAUAUUUUGCUUUUUCAUGAACCACCAUACUGUCCAUAUAUUAAAAGAAAUGGCAGCCAAAAACAAUAUAAAUUAAGGUGUCAAAUGCCUAUUUUCACUCACCUUCUAGAUAUUCUAGGAACCGUGAAAAUUAACUUAAGGUUGAAUUAUUAGCUUCAAGUUCAUCAGUCUUGAGAUGAUGACUGGUGAUUUGGGCUGCCAAAAAAGAAAUGCAUCUAUGGAGGUAGGAGUGUAUAUAUAUUUGAAAGAAAAGUCUAUUCUAGCACUGUAGCUAUUUAUGCGUCCAGUAAGGAGAAGCAAAAGAAAAAAAUUUCAACAACCCUGCAUGCUGAGUUAUAAAAGGUGUAAGUAAAGUUUAUUUAUUUAAAUCCAUGGAGUUCUGGUAGGCCAGGACACAACAUCAUAAUAGAAAUGUGAUCUUCUUUCUGAAAAACUGAAUAUUUAUUAACAGAGCAUCGUUAACAUAUGUUGAUAACUAAACACAAAUGAAUUUUCAAAGUUAUUUUGUACUCCAGAUCCAUUAUUAUUUUUGGAAUAAAGAAUGUGGCAAAGUC